GCCUUUGUUUUAGUCAUUCCGGGAUCUACAAAGCGUAGUAUUCACCAUUGUCGGCUACAUGAUGGGUUAGAUGGUUCUUUCAGCAUGCACAUGGCGCGCUCCCCUCGGGGCUUUGGUCUCGUUAUCCUCAUGUCUUUUGAUUCCCUCAAGCUUGAUACCUAGUCAAUGAUAGCUGAGGAGAUCCGUCUUACCUCACGUCAUCGUACCUACACUGUAGGUAUGCCAGAUGGUGGUGGUGGUGGUGGUGGUGGUGCUUCAACAAGCUCACAGGGCAGGCCGCAUUGCCAUGUACAUUGCUCAUCUGGCAGCCAGGCGCCAGCUAUGUACGCAUGUACAGAGCAUUCUGUCCACGCACGCAAGAGGUCUUUUCAAAGUCCAUCAAGAUCCAGUCAUCAAAGUCACCCGGAAGCAACCGACACGCCGAUUUCGCAGGCUAUGGUAAACCCAAAAGGAGUCACUUCAGGCCAGGUCGUGACACGCCGCUCGCCUGAUCCGCGGCUGGCUGAGAAUUGUCCUAUGGCAGACAAGCAAAAGCGAGACCAAACACAGCCCCAGGAAGAAGAACAAGGCAAGGGGGUUUCAGUCAGCUGCUGGCUGCAUGUGCAUUGUCUCUUAUCCCGUCGUCUGGGCGGGUGACAGUCCGGCAUAUCAUGUGGGUUGCUGGAGUUACGUAUCGAAAAGGGAGGUGGGGUUUGUUUAGUUGACUUCGGGGGUUUACGGCAACGCCUGGCUCAUGUGGCUUUUGGAACUGUUUGGAAUCGUGUAGUUAAAAGCGAACAUAGCCAUGAAUGCUUGAUUGUUGCGAACCCGGUGUAUCAAGCGUUCAUGAUUGUGAAAUUGUGGAGAGCAGAAUGAGC